CCUUUCAAGUACGCGGGCGAGACGCUGUUCGCGUGCUGGGCCAUGGUGCUGUUCGUCUCGUUCCUGUCGCUGAGCGGCCACGUGCGCAGGCUGCUGAACCGGGUCCCUCAGGGCGUCCUGCUGCAGCGGGACCCCAGUGACUGCCACGCCAAGGGCAUCAUGCAGCUGGCCAUGCUGGCGCCCUACUCCAACCUCGCCUCCUCCGUGGCCGCCGCGCUUGUGCCCACCCUGCUCGCCCCCAGGCUGCACCAGGGCGAGACGCAGGGCUCUAGGCGCGCGGUCAGCUCGGCCCCCAGCGCCAGCAAGGUGAGCCCCGCGCCCCUGGCGACCCCCGCCGCGCCGCCGCCCUCGGCGCCGCCGCCCGUCAUCCGGACCGAGGACGCGGACGCCCCCGCGGUCACGGUGCGGCCUGCCACGCCCACCAUCACGGUGUGUCCGGGCAGCCGGCGGGGGAGCACGGCGUCCCUCAGCAGGAGGGGAUCCUCGUGUCUGGAGGCGGGCCUGGCCGGGGAGGGGACGUCCCGACGGCGCAGCAGCUGCGGCCUCGAACCCAUCCUGCCGGAGGACGGAGGGCCACCAAGCCGCCGCGGGAGCUCGGCGUCGCUCCUCCGUAUCGCCGAGGAAGGGCCGGGACCCGGGCCGGAGUCGCUGACCGUCCUGGACAACUCCCUCUCGCCCUCGCCGACGAGGCGCAAGAAGAGCCUGACCUGGAAGGGCGACGACGACUUGUGCCAGGCGCCGGAAAACGAAUCGACACCUUCAAAAUCGGUCAAGUCGGAGAGCGUGGCCGAAGACAACGCCACCGCCGAGACAAAGCUUCUGCCCUCGCAAGACACGGAGUUCAAGACGGACGACGUGACCCUGCACUCGAUCCUGAACCACAUCGCGUACGUGAACCGCGGGCCGCGCGCCAACAGCGAGGAGCGCGUGCAGACCUCCAACCGGCGGCGGCAGCUGCGCGAGGUGAUCCACCUGACGAGCGCCACCGCCGUCAUGGGGCUCGUGCUGUCCGUGGCCACCAUAUUCCAGCUGUUCGGCCCUUACGGCCAGCUCGUCGGCAGCUGCGAGAGCGGGCGCGGCCCCGCCUGGCUGUGGUUCGCGUUCCAGACGCUGUGCCGACUCCUGGAGCUCGCCAUGGGCUGCGCCAUGGCCAACGUGACGAAGCAGCCCGUCAGCGGGCCGCAGGCAGCGUACUUGCACCACUCGCACUACGCCGCGGGACUGCGGCUCAAGCGGGAGUCGCUCUACCUGUGAGAGGAGGCGGGCAAAACACUCGACAGACACUCACUCUCAGGGCAAAAGCUGGGAACGUGACGGAGAGAGCAUAUACGAACAAUUUACACCGCGUUGGGCAAUUAUAAUGUGUGUGUGUGUGAGAGAGAGAGAGAGAGAUGUGUACAAAUGUAAGUACAUUGGAUGUCUUGAUACUUAAACAUAUUACCCAAAACAGAAUGAAAUGAAGCCAAAAUAGAAAAACAAAGAAACCAUUCUUAACAUAUAAGUACCUGCUUUGAUGUGCCAAACAAAUUAGGAAGAAAUGAGGAAAAGGAACAAAGUUUACUUCCAAGAGCAAACUUUAUUUCAGCCAAAUGUGUCAUAGUGGUUUUCACCAAUAAUAAAUACUACCUUUACCUAUAAAAGCAAUUGCAUGCUGGAGUGAAAGGAAGAGGAGGCACUGGAAGAAAAAUCUUAAGGCAGUUUUUGACUUUUCUUUAAUGAUUGAUUUUUUCAAAGUGUACAAGAAGUUAGAAAGAGAAUAAUAUGCAUUAAAAAAAUAACACAUCUACUGAACUGAU